UAAUUGAUUUUUUAUCUAGAAUUCCUAGUCAUACGACAGCUAGUGCAUGCAGUCGAGGACUUUCAACUUUAGUGCAUGCAGUCGAAGCAAACAAGGACUUUCAGCUUGAUGCUAAGGCAAUCUCUUCAUUUGAUUAUUGUUUCAGACUGCUUGCCACUUGUCUAUCUCUUUUCUUGUAUUUUUGGUGAUUUUAGUCUAGACGUUAUGAAACUGAAAACAAGGAUGAAUUGUUUUCCUCUUUGUAUCUGAACUCUGAAGAGCUAUCAUAAUAUCUGAAGCAUCUGACUCAGUUAUCGGUCAUUACAUCACCAUCUGCAAAUAUACUCUGCAAAUCAGAAGUUGGAGGGUUACCCUUAAUUCACUGAUGGCCGGGGCUAGCCAUUCCCGCAAAGACACAAACAAUGAGCAAAGUGAAAAACAAGAAACAGGAACUAAUUCUCCCAGUAAACAAACAUCAGAUAGCAGCAGCAACGAGAAGACUAAUGUCGGCAAAGUUCCAUACCAUAAACUCUUCUCUUUUGCAGACCCUGCAGAUUAUGCACUGAUGGUCAUUGGUACGAUCACAGCUGUUGGAAGUGGAUUCUGUUUGCCUCUUAUGACUCUCUUAUUUGGAGAAUUAGCCAACUCUUUCGGACAGAAUGCAGAAACUAAAAGAGUUGUUAAUGAAGUUUCCAAGGUAUCUCUAAAGUAUGUGUAUCUUGCAUUGGGGUCAGGUGUUGCAGCAUCUUCCCAGGUGGCGUGCUGGAUGAUCACAGGGGAAAGGCAGGCUGCUCGGAUCAGAAACUUAUACCUCAGAGCUUUACUGAGGCAAGAUAUUGGAUACUUUGAUAGAGAAACAAACACUGGAGAAAUUAUUGAGAGGAUGUCCACCGAUGCUAUUAUAAUUCAAGAUGCUAUGGGCCAGAAGGUAGGAAAGUUUUUACAGCUUUCCGCAUCAUUCCUUGGAGGGUUUGUGAUAGCUUUUACCAAGGGAUGGCUCCUGACAACGGUCUUGCUUUCUGCUAUCCCUCUUCUUGUUAUCUCUGCUGCUUCUAUGAGUGUCCUUAUGGCAAAGCUGACGUCAAAAGGGCAAGCUGCUUAUUCAGCCGCAGCCGCUGUGGUCGAACAAACACUUGGCUCAAUCAGAACUGUUGUGUCGUUCACAGGGGAGAGGCAAGCUGUUGUGAAAUAUGAAAAAUCUCUAAGUAGAGCUUAUGAAGCUGGUGUACAGGAGGGAUUGGCUGCAGGGUUAGGUUCUGGAAUAUUUAUGUUAGUUCUGUUCUCCAGUUAUGCUUUGGGACUAUGGUUCGGGGCAAAAAUGAUUAUAGACAAAGGAUACACGGGCGGACAAGUCUUGAAUGUAGUAAUGGCUGUUCUUUCUGGAUCCUUUUCUUUAGGCCAGGUAUCUCCAUGCUUGAGUGCCUUUGCAGCUGGUCAAGUUGCUGCUUUUAAGAUGUUUCAGACAAUAUACAGAAGAUCAGAUAUAGAUCCUUAUAAUAUGGACGGAGUGGUUUUGAACGACAUCAAUGGGGACAUAGAGCUGAAGGAUGUGCACUUUAGUUACCCAUCCAGACCAGACGAGAGAAUAUUCAAUGGAUUCUCUCUCACGGUAUCAAGUGGGACGAUGUUAGCUUUGGUGGGACAAAGUGGAAGCGGAAAAUCGACUGUCAUUAAUCUUGUCGAAAGGUUUUAUGAUCCGCAAGCUGGUGAAAUUUUGAUCGAUGGUAUUAAUAUCAAAGAAUUUCAACUUAGGUGGAUCAGAGGAAAAAUCGGUCUUGUAAGCCAGGAACCGGUGUUGUUUGCUUCAAGCAUCAAAGACAAUAUUGCUUAUGGAAAGGAUGGUGCAAGUCUUGAAGAGAUUAAAGCUGCUGCAGAACAUGCCAAUGCUGCUAAAUUCAUAGACCAGCUGCCUCAGGGGCUAAACACAAUGGUUGGAGUGAACGGAACUCAGCUGUCCGGUGGGCAAAAGCAGAGGAUAGCUUUAGCUAGAGCAAUUCUAAAAGAUCCAAGAAUUCUACUUCUUGAUGAAGCUACUAGUGCUCUUGAUGCAGAAUCUGAAAGGACUGUACAGGAGGCACUGGACAGAGUCAUGAUCAGCAGAACAACAAUUGUUGUAGCCCAUCGAUUGAGUACAGUGAAGAAUGCUGAUUCCGUUGCUGUUAUUCAUCAAGGGAAAGUCGUAGAAAAAGGUUCACAUUCUGAACUGACACAAAAUCCUGAUGGAGCAUACAGCCAGCUCGUACAAUUGCAAGAGUUCAACAAAGAGUCGGUUUCUGCAGUGAAUGAUAAAGUUGCAACAGAGCGAAUCUCGUCCUUAAGGUCCAUAAGUCAGGGAUCAUCUGGAACAGGAAACAGCAGUCGUAAUUCAUUCCCAACGUCAGCAGGUCUCCCGACUGCAGCCAAUGUGGUGGAGAAAGCAUACAGAGAAUCGCACACUCCACCUUCAUUGCAACACAAGGUAGAGCAUAAAGUAUCACUUUACCGCUUGGCUUGCCUUAAUAAACCGGAGACUCCAGAGUUAGUACUUGGUUCGUUAGCUGCAAUGGUGAAUGGUUCAAUAUUGCCACUCUUGGGGCUCCUACUUUCUAGCAUGAUUAAAGCUUUUUAUGAGCCACCUCACAGGCUUCGCAAGGAUUCCAAAUUUUGGGCAUGCAUGUUUGUCGUUCUUGGCAUGGCAUCUCUUUUGGCCACUCCGCUUAGGACAUACUUCUUCGCUGUGGCAGGUUGCAAGCUGAUCAAGCGAAUACGUUUGAUGUGCUUUGAGAAAGUAGUUCACAUGGAAAUAUGCUGGUUCGACAGAAUUGAGAACUCUAGCAGUGCAGUAGGUUCCCGACUUUCUGCAGAUGCAACGUCUGUGAGAAAUCUAGUCGGAGAGUCACUUGCGAUACUCGUUCAAAAUAUUUCAACAGCCAUCGCUGGUUUGAUCAUUGGUUUCGGAGCAAGCUGGGAAUUGUCCCUUAUAAUCCUGGUCAUGCUUCCGCUUAUUGGACUAAAUGGUUAUCUUCACAUGAAAUUUAUCACUGGAUUUAGUGCUGAUACAAAGAAAUUAUAUGAAGAUGCAACUCAAGUUGCCAGCGAUGCUGUUGGCAGUAUCCGAACAGUUGCUUCCUUUUGUGCAGAAGAGAAGGUGAUGGAGCUGCACCAAGAAAAAUGUGAAGCUCCCCUCAGAUUAGGAACCAAACAGGGUCUACUCAGUGGAGCAGGUUUUGGGAUGUCGCUGUUCUUUCUAUAUUCAGUCUAUGCAGCUGGUUACUAUGCUGGUGCUCGGCUUGUUGAUGCUGGAAAGAUAAACUUUGGAGAUGUUUUUCGUGUUUUUCUUGGUCUCAGCAUGACAGCCAUUGCAAUAUCCCAGUCGGGCGCCCUUGCACCAGACUCCGGUAAAGCCAACGCUGGAGCUGCUUCUGUUUUCGCUCUUCUUGAUCAGAAAUCAAGAAUAGACUCUUCUGACAGCUCAGGAAUGACACUAGAAAACGUUAAUGGAGGUAUAGUUUUCCAGCAUGUCAGCUUUAGGUACCCCAAUAGGCCCGAUGUUCAAAUUUUCGAGGAUUUGUGCUUGGCUAUUAAUUCAGGCAAGACUGUUGCAAUUGUUGGAGAAAGUGGGAGCGGAAAGUCGACAAUCAUUUCCUUGUUACAACGAUUUUAUGAUCCAGAUUCAGGCCAGAUCACACUAGACGGCAUUGGAAUCCAGAAGCUGAACUUGAAGUGGUUCAGACAGCAAAUAGGCCUGGUGAGCCAGGAGCCUGUUUUGUUCAACGACACGAUCUGGGCCAACAUCGCGUAUGGAAAGGAAGGCAAUGCCAAUGAGGCGGAAGUCGUAGCUGCUGCAGAGUUGGCGAAUGCACACAAAUUCAUCAGUGGUAUGCAGAAGGGGUAUGAGACAAUGGUUGGUGAGAGGGGGAUCCAGUUGUCUGGCGGCCAGAAGCAGCGAGUUGCAAUCGCAAGAGCUAUAGUUAAGGCUCCAAAGAUACUACUACUCGACGAGGCCACCAGUGCUCUUGAUGCCGAAUCAGAGAAAGUCAUUCAAGAUGCUUUAGACCGAGUCGUGGUGGACAGGACCACAAUCGUGGUGGCUCAUCGGCUGUCCACAAUCAGGAAUGCUGAUCUGAUCGUGGUUCUGAGAAACGGAGUUGUCGCAGAGAAAGGCAGGCAUGAGACUUUGAUCAACAAGAAAGACGGCGUAUACGCCUCUUUAGUUGCGUUGCAAGGGGAUGGCGAUGGUGUUUCUUCUUAGACAGUUGCUGCUGCUCUUGUUUUUCCUAAUAGUACAAAUGCAGUUUGUGAGGGCUGGAAUAAACACUAUGGUCUCAGCAAUGUAAUAAAGCUUAAGGAAACUUGUCCUUUUACCUCUUAUGAAGCUGCUAAACUAGACCUUA